CUUGAACUUUCCUAACAGAGUUGUUGGACGCACGAAUCCUGCAAGACCUCUUCAGCUCGGUAGCAAUUCCUUCUCUCAGGACCCGGGGCAUUUUAGCUUUGGCGGCUGAGACUCCGCUUUUUGCUUGAGCUUGGAUAAUUACUCCACACCCCAAUUACCCCAGACUGUAAACAUCAAGACGGUACGGAUUCACCAACCGUCGAACGAUUAAAGUUUCUGUACAAUUUGAAGAGACUUUGAGGGUAUCAUGUCGCCGCUCGACCGAUUGCAGAAACUCGCCUCGCAUUUCUCGUCGCCGACCCCAGUGCCUGACUCGCAGACGGUGAUACAGCCUGGAGACAGCCAUGAAUACCACCACCGGCAUAACUUUCACACGUUGAGCCCGACGAGCUUUCUGUGGAGGGCAGCGCAGAUUGAACCGGAUGCUACAGCAAUAUACCACGUAACUGCAAACGACAAAAUCCUGCGUCGCUCCUACGCCGAAGCUGCCGAUCGCGCUCGCGGUCUCGCAUACUACCUCAAAAAGCACGGUUACAAACGCGUCGGCAUCCUCAGCACUAACACCCCUGCAUUUCUCGAGGCGCUCUUCGGCAUCGCAGCCGCUGGUGCCGUGAGCGUUGCAGUCAACUACAGACUCAAGACGGAUGACAUUUCGUACAUCUUCCAACACUCGGAAGUCGAUGCCAUCAUCGCGGACUUUGAGUUUGAAGGACUGCUGGAAGGCUACCUGAAGGUGAAGCCUGAGACACGGGUAAUUGUGGACAACGAUACCGAUGCGACUGAGGGUGAGCUUUCAGGGCCUUUCGACGAGGCCGUGUUGGAGGGACUUCAGUACGACCAUUCCCUCGGCGAGCACGGCUGGGCGGGUCUUGAGGCCCAGGCUGGCAGUGAGGAAGAUGUAAUCGCACUCGCCUACACCAGCGGUACUACUGCGCGCCCCAAGGGCGUCGAGUACACCCAUCGGGGCUGCUACCUCGCGGCCCUCGGCAACGUCAUUGAAUCCGGGCUCAACUACGACAUAGGCAGAUGCAAAUACCUCUGGACACUCCCCAUGUUCCAUGCCACUGGGUGGACGUUCCCGUGGGCCAUUACAGCAGUCCGAGGAACGCACUACUGUCUUCGGAAAAUCGACUACCCCGAAAUUUGGCGCCUACUAAAGGAAGAAAAAAUCACGCAUUUCAAUGCCGCGCCGACGGUCAACACACUGCUGUGUGCGGCAAAGGAGGCAGAGAGAUUGGAGCAUCCGGUCCGCGUUACCGUUGCGGCGAGUCCACCCUCAGCGUGGCUGUUUGAGCAGAUGACGGAUUUGAAUUUGCAUCCGGUACAUGUAUAUGGGCUUACAGAAACGUAUGGCCCCAUAACUAAGGGCUAUCAUAUGCCGGAAUGGGAAGAGAUUCCCGUCAAGGACAAGUAUGCGAAGAUGGCUCGACAAGGCCACGGUUUUGUAGUAUCCCUCCCUUGCAGAGUCAUCAAGCCGGAGGAACCUGAGGGUGUGCUGAUCGAUGUCAAGAAAGACGGGAAAGAGAUUGGGGAAAUAGUGUUUGAAGGAAACAUCUGUGCGAAGGGGUAUUAUAAGGAUGCUCAGGCGACAAGGAAGCUUUGGGCAGGUGGUGUUAGUCAUUCUGGGGAUCUGGCGGUUUGGCAUCCAGAUGGCGCGAUACAGAUCCUGGAUCGUGCGAAGGAUAUCAUUAUCUCUGGCGGCGAAAACAUCUCCUCCGUAGCCCUGGAAUCGCAACUCUCCACGCACCCCCAUAUCCUCGAAGUUGGCGUCGUCGCCGUCCCAGACUCGCACUGGGGCGAACGUCCUAAAGCCUUUAUCACAGUCAAACCUGGACACGAGGUCAAGGGUGAAGACGUGAUAUACUGGGCAAAAAACCAGAGUGAUAUUAGCAAAUUCAUGGUUCCGAGGGAGGUGGAGAUAGUCCAGGAACUACCUAAGACGAGUACUGGCAAGUUGAAAAAGAAUGUUUUGAGGGAGUGGGCGAAGCAUGGAGUUAAGAAGAUCUUGAUCUAGAGAGAGAGAGGGCUUGACAGGGAUAGGUAGGGGAGUCUAAAGACGAUGACGUUGGAUUACCUCGUUGAGUAUUUGUAUAAAUGUGUUGCAAAGUUCAUAAAACUGUUUAGAUUAUUGUUGGAGCAUAUGGAUUGGGAAUGGAAAGUAGAAGAGUG